CGUUAAUUGUCAAUGUCAUGUCCAAUUUUUGCGGGUAAAAUUGGCUUUUUAUGUUUCUUAAAUAACAAUAACGUGCAUUAACUGAAAACUAAUUUUUACGUUAAAUGCAAUGUGUUUCUAAGAAAAAGCCAGUAUGAACGACGUGCAGAAUAUCAUAGAUCGUCAGUUGGGCAUAUUUUGCCGUUUUAACUACGAUAAUAUUCUGAAGCGCCUGGUUGUGAGUGACGAGGAGUCAUUUUACGGAGCAUUGAGCUCAGAGCAGGACCCGCCUAUCUUCGCAUGCCGAUUCGCAGAAGCCGCCGGUUACGAACACAUUCUUGCUCUUGCCAAUGAAGAUGGGAGGGUUGUUAUUCAGGACACGUCGAGCCGGCGCGCCGCGAUUAUCACCUGUGUGCUUAUCGCAACAAAUCCUGCCGAUAGCAUCGACAUGAGGUCCGCGUGA